UGGAGAGCGUUGCUAUGUGACGCUUGUUGACAUCCCGGAAGUCGCUGGCCAGGCCUAGUAAGGAGCAGAGAAAUGGAUGAUAACCUUAAACUCGGAAACGCUGCAGCGGUAAAAAAUUUUCCAAAGUCUGGACGGAGGGCUCGCCUACCAGCAGACCAGUCUUCUUUUGAGGAUUCUCGUCACGUAAGGAAAUCUUCCACCUCUGCUUCACUGGGAGAAGAAGACGAUGAGGGUCCACCUCCCAAACCGGCCCGGCGGCAGGGCGGCUGGGCAGAAGAAAGCUCUAGAUCCGGUUCUGCCAAAUCUUCCCGAAGACAUGCAGCUGAUGACCUGGAAGACCGCCGCCUGCGACCACAAACUCCCCAAGGAUCAGAUGAUGAAGGAGAUAUUCCAGUGAUUCCAGACCUCGAAGAAGUACAGGAAGAAGACCUCACCAUGCAAGUUGCAGCUCCACCAAGCAUCCAGGUGAACCGGGUAAUGACCUACAGAGAUUUGGACAAUGAUCUGAAGUAUUACUCUGCCUUCCAGACCUUAGACGGAGAGAUUGAUUUGAAACUCCUCACCAAGGUUUUAGCACCAGAGCAGGAGGUGAAAGAGGAAGAUGUGAGCUGGGACUGGGAUCAUCUGUUUACAGAGGUGUCCUCAGAGCUGCUGAUGGAAUGGGAUCAAGGAGAGAGCGAGGAGCAGGCUGCAUUACCUGUAACAUGAGGCAAAGGUUUGGACAAAGACUUCUAAUGGCUCCAGUGGGAACUGGGGGAUUGUUCAUUCCAAGGAAGGACCAGUGACUUUGGUUAUAUUAACUUUAAAUUCUG